GCCCCACUGAGUGCCUGCCGGCCAUGGUCACUGCGCGAAUUGAUUGCCAUGGAGGUUCUCACCUUGCAGCUGGGGCACUUUGCCAACCACGUAGGCGCACACUUCUGGAAUUUCCAGGAUGAGGCAGCAGCGCAGGAGUCAGAGGAUAGUUCGAUUGACCAUGCCCGGCUUUUCCACUACUCGGAGGCCGCGAAGGCCGUCACCUGGAGGCCUCGGCUGGUGGCGGUGGACAAGCAGGGCGCCCUGGGCGGCGCUGGGCCGGCCAUCGAGACCCAGGCAGAAGCCAAGGAGCCAGAUGAGGGCAUGUGGCUGGGCAAGCUGGAAGUGCUGCGUGCCGCGCCGGUGGUGAAGCAUGCCUUUCAGGAGGACCUCGAAGAUGAGGAGAUGGAGGAGGAAGUGGAGUCCGAGCGGCGAGGGGUGAAGACCUGGGCAGAGUACGACUUCCGGAACACCGUGCGGACCUGGACAGACUUCCUCAAGGUGCAGCUUGGGAGCGUCUACGAGCUGCCACGCGUUCAGCACGGGAUCUCGCCCUUCCCCUUCUUCUUUGAGGGCUUGGAGGUGCAGGGUCGCGAGGAGGAGGAAUCCAUCUUGGACUUGGCUCGGCGACAGACGGAGCUCUGUGAUCAGGCGGAGGUUGUGCAGGCCGUCUAUGACAUGCAGGAUGGCUUUGGUGGGGUGGCAGAUGUGGUGAUGCGCUGGGCUCGCGAGGAGUUGCCGAAGACCGGGAAGUUCCUCAUGGCAGUCCUUCCGGAAGAGGUCCCGGCGACAGACAGGCCUGACCCGGAGAUGUGGGGCAUGAGCCCCCAGGCGGAUGUCUCCACCCUGGCGCUGGAUUACGAGGCCUCCUCCUGGCUCAGCGCUGCCUUCUCCUUCGCUCGUCUCCAGGACUGUGACAUCCACGCCUGGGUGCCGACUCCCGUGCCACUGUGGAGUGCGUCGUCUUCCAUGCCGCAGCUGGAGCGGCGGAACUUCUACGAGGCCUCGGCCCUGCCCGCGGCGGCGCUGGACAAUGCGCUGCUGCCCUGUCGCAUCCGGGGCCUUGCGCGGCCCUCGCAGUUCCUCUCGCAGUUGGCUCCUAGCCACCGACCCUGCUGCGGUCUCUUGCAGGCUCUGCCGUUGCCGGCUGCCCCGCCUCCCGUCUUGGGCCAGGCCCCGGGCGGCAACGACACCCUGGAGGCCAUCUUCGAGGCCGGCGCCUUCGUGGACUUGACGGGCAUGAAGGUCAUGCCUCUGAACCCCUACACCAGCGUGGUGCUGCGCAGCCCUGAGCAGCGGCGGCUGCUGAACCUCACGCGCACGCUCCCGCCACUGGCGCGGAAGCAGAGCCUGGUGCAUCACCAGCCGCUGAUUCUUCCGGUGCCCUUCCCACAGGUCUUUGCGAGCUCUGUUUCUUCAGAUGGAAGCCUUGAGAAGGGAAGAGAUCCGGGACAGGAGGUUGAGUCCUGCCCGAUGGUGACGCGCUUGCACGCAGCCAUGGGCGCGGGCAAAUGCGAGGCACUUCAGCGCAUGUCAGCGGUGCUGAAGCGGACUUCCGUUUUCGCAGCCAUGCGGCAACGCUACGGCGUGGAGGCGGAUGAGAUUCGGGAAGUGCUGGAGGUUGUCACUGAUCACAUGGAGUGUGCUGCAGACAGCAGUGAUGACGACGAUGACAUCUCUGAAUGACCCAGUG